AUGACAGGAGAAGCUACGAACACCUCAGCUAUCGCUGAAGCAGGCGACGAGCAAGAUAGGGCCUCUAGCAGUCAAACCUCGGGAACCAAACGCAGCACUCCCGAAAGCAACACCUCUGAAGAGGGGAAUGCAGACCAACUCAGUGAUGCUGCACUUGACCCCGAACGAAGAAAAGAAGCACGGAAAAUGAGGAGGGUCAUGGCCAACCGAAGAUCCGCCAGAGAGUCUCGCGAACGGCGAAAGAAGUUGCUCCAAGAUUUGCAAGACUCGGUGGAAAAUCUGACCACUGAAAAUGCCGAACUCUCCAAGGAGAACUUGACACUCCGCCAAGAAUUGGCCACCCUUGUGGAACAAAUGGGAGGUGUGGCAGCCUUGAGUAUGAUUCCUAACAUUCAAAGCUUGCUCCAAAGUACCCAGGGAUUGGCUGGAUUAUCAGGCCAGUCCCCUAGUGUUACAUCCGGGGCUACGGGAUCAACAGGUGGCUCUGGAUUCGGCAGCGGUGGCACCGGUGGAAGCACAGCCUCUGUCCAAGGAGCUGCUUCAUUGCCCCCUAAUCUGGGGGGUGCUGGAGUCAGUGGUAAUUUAUCGGGCAGCAUAUGA